AUGUCUGUGUCGUUAUUUUUGGCUAUGUGGAUCUCCAAUGUGGCUGCUCCAGUGUUGUGUUACUCUUUAAUCCAGCCUGUAUUGAGAACCUUACCAACGGACUCUCCAUUCGCCCAAGCUUUGGUUUUAGGAAUUGCACUUGCUUCAAAUAUGGCCGGUAUGGCAUCGCCAAUUGCUUCUCCUCAGAACGUCAUUGCCAUAGAGCUGAUGAACCCCAGUCCAGGAUGGGGAAAGUGGUUUGCUGUGGCACUUCCAGUGAGUAUCAUUGGUAUGGUUGGAAUUUGGUUCUUGUUAAUUCUCACUUUCAAAAUUAGCGAUGCUCGAAUCAAGGCCUACAAGCCCAUUAAAGAUCCUUUCACCAUGAAGCAAUACUUUGUCAGUGCCGUCACAAUCACCACCAUCAUUUUGUGGUGUGUUUUGUCAAAGAUCGAGUCCACUUUUGGUGAAUCAGGUAUCAUUUCUGUCAUUCCCAUCGUUCUCUUUUUUGGAACCGGUUUGUUAAAGACAGACGAUCUUAACAAUUUCCCAUGGUCAAUUAUCUUGUUAGCCAUGGGCGGUAUCGCUCUUGGAAAGGGUGUCAGCUCGCUGGGCUUGUUAUACACCAUUGCUACAGCACUUCAGAAGAAAGUGAUGAACUUUAAUGUGUUUGUCAUUUUGAUCAUUUUCGGCGUUUUGAUCUUGGUGGUGGCCACUUUUGUUUCCCAUACUGUGGCAGCGUUGAUCAUCAUUCCUUUGGUGAAAGAAGUGGGCGAGCAAUUGCCUCAACCUCAUCCUUUGAUCUUGGUUAUGGGAACCGCAUUAAUUGCAUCUGGUGCGAUGGGCUUGCCAACAUCUGGUUUCCCCAACGUUACAGCUAUCAGUAUGACAGACGAAGUGGGCAAGCCGUACUUGACGGUGAACACGUUUAUUACCCGAGGCGUGCCUGCGUCUAUUAUUGCGUACAUCUGUGUGAUCACCAUUGGUUAUGGAAUCAUGAAUGCGCUCAAGUUUUAA